ACCCUUUGAGCAGAUCCAAUUACAGUAUUGAUCGUGAUUUUAGAUUACAUGUCACUUCCCAAUUAUACAUUUGUCCAGGCAUGGAUGGUUUAAGAAAAGUAAUAAAUGAAGAAUAUGUAAAACUAAAAAACUUAUAUCAUACUUCUCGCAUCUACGACUCCGACGACACCGACGACGACAACUAUUCUGCAACCAUGAAUCUUCCCUAUUCUGUUUUCGCCUACUAUUGUGCUACGUUAGCUUAUGCAAGAUUAUUGAAAUUAGUGAAUGAAACGAUGCUAUCAUGCUCAUCACAAUUAUCUCCUUUGACAGACGACGAACAAAAGUUUUUGGCCUGCCUCGAAGAUAAUAGUGUCCAAACAGAGAUGUUAAAUUCGUAUCUCGGUGGCUUUGGCUCUAUUAGGACGGUUAGUGGACAUAUUUUGAAGUUCAAAUUUUUAAAUCCAACUUAUAUGGCAAGCAGCAACGGUGUCAUCGGGUGGUUUGGCAGAGUUUCUAAGGAUACCCACCUUUUUUAUAAAACCUACCCAUGUUUGGCAGUGUUUGUACAGGCUAUGAUACAAGAUCUCAAAUACACAGCAGAGAUUGCUGAUUCAACGUGGGAUUUACCUGCAGAUAUUAGGCCCACUGAGCCUGGAGCUGGUCUACCUACUCAGAAUUUGUUAGGUUAUCAAAGAGCAGUGAAACUUACAAGAAAUCAAGUUCAGUUUCUGAAUUGUGCAGGUGUUACAUUAUCUUCAUCAGUAUGUUUUGAUAAUAAAACUCUCCCUCUGCUCUUAGAAUUAAUUCAUAAUGUGGAUUCUUGCGUCUCUAUAUAUAGUGACAGACAUUGUAAUAGAAAAUACCCAAUCGAAAAACUUAGUUCAAGUGGAUCCUUAGCACAAUGUGUAACCACCGACCAUCAUUCAACUUCUCUAUCAUGUGAUUCUCAUUGCUACUACAAUAUUGAUAAAAAUAUAGGGCUCUUGGGUUCAAUUUUCCAUUAUCGCAUCCAUCAUCAAUGGGAAGAAAAUCCUAAAAAUACUGAAACAGUAAAAGCAACUUGGAGUAUUUACGAUUUUAAAAAUUAUACAGAAGUGCCAAAAAAAUGGACCGAAAUAAUUAACAAGCAAAGAAAGGAAGAACCCAGUUUAUUAAACAGCGGAUUAUUUAUAUUAAGACAUAAUUUAAAUAUGAACUAUGCAUUUUUCUCCAAUUUUAAAGAGUAUUUAGGCAAAGCAACGAUCAGUGUGUGUGACUCAUUUAAUACAAAUAACAAAAUAUUUCCAGGAUGUGAUGGCUUUAGAGCAAUAGUGGAGAUAGAAUAUAGACGUCUCUAUUUAACCAACGAUUAUUUUAGAAUGCGUGUUCCCUUCUCUGCCUUUGCUUAUUAUUGUGCAAUAUUUGUCUAUCUGAGAUUCGACUGCUUCAUGAAUUUUCGUUUCAUUUCUAAAUCAUUAAGAAGCAUGCUAUCUGCAUUAAAAGAAGGAUAUAAAUUGAGCUGCCAUAAUCUAGAGUUACUCACUACAUAUCUCAAAGGUUUUGGCGACACUGACAUUUAUGACCACGAAUCUUCAAUAAGGUGCUCAUUUUUCAAUUUCAAAUUUGUGGAAGGUGGAUGGUUUGGAAAAGUAUCAAAAGAUACUCACUUUCUGUACAAAUCAUAUCCAUGUCUAGCAGUCUUCACACAAGCCAUGAUUCAAGAUCUUAAAUUUACGAAUGGUGUGGAUGUCGAGAACUGGGAUUUGCCACUGGAAAUCAGACCUGCUGAAGAAAAUGCCGGAUUUCCUACAACAAACAUGUUGGGUUAUCAGCCAGCUGUAAAACUGAGUACUGAUCAAGUUACAUUUUUAAAUGCAUAUAAUAUAGAAAGGAAUAAAAGCCUGAUUUUAUACGAAUUAAUUUACAGUAUCCAGCGCAUAAUAAUGAGAUCACACUCUGACGGCCCAAGAGACGAAUUUGAUUGCAGUACCAAAGGAUCGCAGGGUCAACUUGUAAUAAUAAAGCCUGAGUAUAGAGUUCAUCAUCAGUGGGAAUUAAACUGCGAAAAAGAAGGCACUGUAAAAGCAAACUGGAGUAUCUACGAUUUUAAAAACUUCACUGAAGUGCCGAAUUCAUGGGCGAAAACUGCAAAUACAUUUCGGGAUAAAGAACCAGAUUUUUUAAAACUAUCCGAAUCCGAUGGAUUAUUCGAAGUCGAUAUAAAGAAUCCGGACAAUGUAUUUACCAAUUUACAUUUGAAAGGCUCAAAGUGGCCUUGACAGAUUAUAUUUCAUUUAGAAUGUGUUAUCGAGGAACAGAUGACUGAGUAAUGUGCUCUGAUAUUCAUAAUAAAAAUUUCAUACUAAAAAAA